AUGAUUUCAGCUAUCUCCAGCCCCUGGCUCACCCAGCUGUCCCAUUUUUGCGAUGUUGCAGCUUUCACGGCCAACAGCCUGAGCAGCCUGAACGCCUCCGGGGGGUACCACCUCUCCCCUUCCCCGGGGGACCCGUACGGACAGCAUGAGCCGCCGCACUACGAGCCCUGCACGGCUCAGCAGCACCCGCCGCCCCAGCCCCAGCACGGCUACCCCUUCGGCGGGGGCGCCGGGGGAACCACCGCGGGGCCGGCCGCCGUCUCGGGCUGCUCCGCGGGGGCGGCCGCCGCGGCCAAGGCGCCGGUGAAGAAGAACCCGAAGGUGGCCAACGUGAGCGUCCAGCUGGAGAUGAAGGCGCUGUGGGACGAGUUUAACCAGCUGGGCACCGAGAUGAUCGUCACCAAGGCCGGCAGGCGCAUGUUCCCCACCUUCCAGGUGAAGAUAUUUGGGAUGGACCCUAUGGCUGACUAUAUGCUGCUCAUGGAUUUUGUUCCUGUGGAUGACAAGCGAUACAGGUAUGCCUUCCACAGCUCCUCCUGGCUGGUAGCUGGCAAAGCCGACCCUGCCACCCCUGGAAGGGUGCACUACCACCCGGACUCCCCUGCGAAAGGGGCACAAUGGAUGAAGCAGAUUGUUUCCUUUGAUAAGCUCAAACUGACCAACAAUUUGCUGGAUGACAAUGGGCAUAUCAUUUUGAACUCCAUGCACAGAUACCAACCGCGUUUUCACGUGGUCUACGUGGACCCCCGGAAAGACAGUGAGAAAUAUGCAGAGGAGAACUUCAAAACGUUUGUUUUUGAGGAGACCCGCUUCACAGCCGUGACUGCCUAUCAGAACCACCGGAUCACACAGCUGAAGAUAGCCAGCAACCCUUUUGCCAAGGGAUUCCGAGACUGUGACCCCGAAGACUGGCCUAGGAAUCACAGGCCAGGAGCCCUUCCUCUCAUGAGUGCUUUUGCCAGAUCCCGGAAUCCCGUCUCUUCCCCAGCCCACCAGAAUGGGACAGAGAAAGAUGCUGCCGAGAGCCGGCGGGAGUACGAGCGGGAGGCGGCCGGCGGGACGCCGCUGCACGCGGAAGCCGCGCACCAGCAGCUCAUGUCCCGAGUGCUCAGCCCCGCGCUGCCGGGCGGUGGCAGCGGCCUCGUGCCGUUGGGUGGCGCGGGCGGCGGCCGGCCCAGUCCGCCCCACCACGAACUGCGCCUGGAGCCCGCCGCCUCGGAGCCACUCCACCACCAUCCCUACAAGUACCCGCCUGCGGCGGCCGCCGCCUACGACCACUACCUGGGGGCGAAGAGCCGGCCCGCCCCAUACCCCCUCCCCAGCAUCCGCGGGCACAGCUACCACCACCACCACCAUCACCACAUGAAUGCAGCGGCCGCAGCGGCGGCGGCAGCUGCCAACAUGUACUCGUCGGCCGGCGCACCCGCCAACUACGACUACGGGCCGCGGUAA